AUUGAUUCCUCGGUCACAAAGCUACUCGUCGCGACGAAACAGCUCCUCGAGUCCCUCACGCGUUGGUCAAGAGGCGAAGUUGACGAGGGCAGGGUGAGCGAUAUCUACGUCCAGCUCGGCAAUGACUUCAACGCCGCUUGUGCUGCCUUCUCUCGUCAAGGCAUCAAUAUGACCGACCUGCUCUCUGUACCAGACGAUCUCAGAGUCUGUCUAGAGACCGCCCUGUCGGAAGAUGCCAGCCCGGCCACGCUGGAAGUCUAUCUGCCAAAGAUACGCGAGAUCAUCAUAGGCCUUCUGCAGGGUCUCAAAGGGAAACAGUCAGUCUAUAGAAGCCUGACAGACGAAGCGACGCGCAGGAGGACUGCUUCUGCUGGCUCUGCCCAAAGGCCCCCCAUCGACGUCAAUCGUGACGUGCCGCCUCCGCCGAGACAAGCGCAGGAAGCUACAAACGGCCUGCCGCCGAUACGUGAGGAUGGAUCACGCCCUCCUGCUGGUAUCGAGAGUGUCCUGCCACGCCGAGCAUCUGUCGUGCCGGAUGCUUUAGCCUCUGGCAGUCAGCUGAGCCAGCUCGCCAGUCCGCCUGCGCGACAGACAAGCUGGUCUAGUACGCCGACACGAGGACCCGACACGCCUCCCAGGCGGCAGACCAGUAUCAGCAGGGCUUCAGCUGGCAAUUCGCUCACGCAAAGAGUGCUUGCUUCCGAAUUGCCCACGCCGGAACGCCGAGCGAGCAGGUCAUCUUAUCAGAGUCCGCAGCUUCCACCCAUCGUCACGUCCAGUUUACCGCUUUCGCCUACCUCUGCACCUGUCUUUGACGUCCCGGCAUCAAAUUCGGAGAUGGAGAGGCCACCAAGGGCGCAAAGUCGGACACCGGAGACCUCUUGUUUUUCACCUGUCGACUCUGUCCGAUCGAAUUCUCCCCCAGGUGCAGCUCUACCACCACUACCGCCGCCAGAAACGGCAGCGCAGAAUGCAUCUCUUGAAGCUCUCAAGGGUAAUGCGCUCGGACGCAGAGCUUCCAAACGCUUUUCUGCCUAUACCAUGAACAGAAUGACGGGAUCUGCACAAUCUGCCACCUUGCCACCUUUGACCGGGCCGAACAGUCUCGCGACAUUGGUCAGCAGAUCGCCCAACGCUCCACUCGUGUCCGCUUCGCCCAGGAACAGUACGACAUCGCCGCGCGGUGAGCAGGUGCAGCCGGAGAGCAGCAGCCCCGUAGACGCGACAAGAGCGACGCAGGCCUCGCCUGCAGAGCCAGAGCCACCGGAUGAUAUCACUCAAGCGUCAGAGACGGUCGAGGUCUCGGCGCAGCCUAAGACCAUCUACCUGCAGCUGGGACGCGAUGUCAAGAAGGCUCAGCUAGAAAGCGCACCGACACUGGCAUCCUUGCGCGUGCUCUUCAUCGAUCGUUUCCAGUAUAACCCUGGCCUCGGCGAUUUCCCGUCUAUCUACCUCCGAGACCCUGAGAUCGGGGUCCAGUACGAGCUCGAAGAUCUGUCAGACAUCAAGGACAAGAGCGUUCUCAGUCUCAAUAUCGAGCCGCUCGAUCAGGUCAGGCAGCAAAUUGACUCUGGUCUUGCUUCGCUCGCGUCCGAGAUCAAGGAGCUCAAAGCCAGCCUGGCUAUUAGUACUGCACGCAAUCGCGCGUCUUCGAUAUUGCCGAUCCCUAAUGGCAUCGAAGGCACGCCCCCAAGCUCGCCCCGUGUAGGAGAUAGGCUUUCACAGGCGAUGGCGCAGAGGGUGUCGAGUCAGUCACGUAGCCGGCUAGCAGAAGAUGCCAGCAUCGACGCGACGCCGCGGCCAAAGACGAUGCCUGAGCUAUCGACGCCGUUGCUGACGGUAACGAGCGGAAACCCAGCGAGCAACAAGAAGAUCUCUUCUGCGCAACUCAGGACGCAGCUCGAUGAGAUACAGACAGUGCGGCGCGACGUGAGCGUACUUCGACAAGUCUAUGCUGACUUUGCAAACGAUAUGCGCACCUCUCUCGGCUCGUUGCGUGGACAAACAAGCCACUUCAAGCAACUCGCUACGACGCAGAUGAGUGGCACGCGCAAGCUUAUCGAUACCGGCAAGACCAAACUCGAAGAGCGCACGCAGACACUGCUACGCAAGGUGGACGAUUUGCAAGAUACCAUCGAAGAUCUCAGGAACGACGUGAUCACGCGAAAGAUCAAGCCGAGACCGCAGACGCUCAAAGAGGUCAGGGUGGCCAUACAAGAGACAAAGUCAGAACUGGGAGCCAUUGGAGACUACGUCACUUCUGUCAAACCGAUGUGGAAGAAGACGUGGGAGACCGAGCUGCAAAAUAUCGUCGAUGAGCAGCAGCUCCUCAACCACCAAGAAGAGCUGCUCCAAGAUCUCAAGGAGGAUCACGUCAAUCUCCUUGCCGUGUUCGAGCAGAUAGAGAAGUAUCUGUCUCUGCGCAAGACUACAGGUGGCUCUAGAACCCAGAGAGAUUUCCAGCCGCCUGCUCCGGAAUCGGGUCACGAAGGAUUGACAACGGUGAUGAGCGAAGUCAGGCAGAUUGCGCCCGAUCCGCUCAAGAGACUCAAGGCGAUCGAGCAAGCCGAGAAGGCAAGAGAGAAGGGCCUGUCGAACAAGCAGGACGAGCUUGCAAGUCAGCUCGGCGAGUUUGUGGAAGGCAAGAAGCUCAAGAAGACAGGCGGUACGGAAGAAGCUGAUCGCUUGCGUCAGGUAAGAGACGAAGCAACGCUCAAAGCCAUGUUGAAGACCUAG